AUGCAGUUGGGGGACAAGAAGCUAGUCGUGCAGCUGGCUAUUCCUGGUCUGAAUAUCAUUAAUGCCGGUCCUGGACCUGCCACGGAAGUGCUCUGUUUGAUGAACAUGGUCACCGCUGAGGAACUGAAAGACAACGAUGAAUAUGAAGAUAUACUGGAAGAUAUACGUGAGGAAUGUACGAAGUAUGGUGCCGUGAAAUCCGUUGAAAUUCCAAGGCCCAUCGAAGGACUUGAUGUACCUGGUGUUGGAAAGGUUUUUGUCGAAUUUUCAAACGUGGCAGAAUGCCAACGAGCUCAGCAGGGGCUGACUGGAAGAAAGUUCGCCAAUCGUGUCGUCGUUACUUCGUACUUUGAUCCAGAUUUGUAUCAUCGUCGCCAGUUUUAG